AUGUCAAAGAGCAAGUGCAAGCGACUGGGUGCAGGUAAAUUCAACAUCAGCUCGUCGAAGUCAGCUGAAGGAGAAGAGGAGUUUAAAGCACACGAAGUCUUCGAUUACGAGACUCGAAAGCCGAAGCUCACCAAGCAAGGUGUGGUAGACAUCAAGGCACAGCUACGAGAUUUUUUGUGGGAGAAUGGUCCUUCAGAAGAGCAUGACCUGCAGAAAGCCGUUAGUAUUUCCCAAGUUCAGAUGAUUCUUGGCAUGCAUGGCACGAUCACAGUGUUUUGGAACCGCUCCGCACAACUUGAAGACAUCUAUGAAGAUUUGUACACGUUCGUGUACUACAACUGCACUUACGACAAAGACGACCUUCUGGCUGAAACUUUUAUCGAGUUUCUUAACGACGGCAUUCUUCAGGACGCGAUAGCUGGUGAUGGCGCCCAGACAUUUGUUACCAAUCGUCUUUCGAUAUUUGGGAGAGCUGAAGCUUGCAAUACUUUCUUAGCGACAAAGCUUUACUAUGUAUUGCAACUUAUUCAUUGCGCAAGAUUCUAUAUACAACGCGUUCAUCGGAUUUUCGCUACUUUCAUAUGGUCUUCGACUUUUGAGCCCAUGAGUCGUGAUAAUAUAUUUAGGCCAGCUAGGAAGGGUGGGUUAGGACUAAAACACCUUUAUCUAUGGCAAAUAGUGUCCCGAUUCUUCUUUUUUCGAGACAAUUCCCAUGCUGUAAUCCGUUCCUUCUUGCAGGUUACACUUGUUGAUUGCUUACCAGAUUUAAUUGUUUCAUCCAGCUUCUCCGAACGCCCAUGCUUGUGGGGAUUCAUGCAGGAAGUUUGCCUCGCAGUUCAAUUCCUUAAAGCUCGCUUUUCUGUAGAACACCUGUACACAGUAUCGCGCAAGGUGCUGUAUAAGGACCUACUGCGUACACUCUUCCCACCUCCAUUGUACCGUUCACUGUACUCCAAUCUUCCAGGUCCCGAUGUGUUGAAGCGAGUGCGCAAAAUGUACAUUCCACCGAAUUCAAAAACAUUCUUCUAUAAACUCCACUCUGAAACAUUGGCGGUAAACACAUGGUUAGAAGGAAAAGGUAUUUUCAUUCCGUCUGUUAACUGCUGUCUAUGUGAUGUACCGCAAACGAUUGAACGUUGCUUUGUUAGUUGCAAAGAUGCCAUACUCUUUUGGGAUGUCCUUCAGCGAGCACUGAAAAAAUGUUUCGUCAUUAAUUCUCACACAAUACGUUAUCUUCUACCAGCAACGCUUGAUGAAGUACCAUAUGAUAUGUUUUUCCUCAUGGGUUUGCACAGCUUGUGGAGGACACGAAUGCAAGACCGC